UGCUCGUGAAAUUCAGCAGAGAAGAUGGGGCCGAAGAAGUGUGGAGUUUGCGAAGAAGCUCAGUCUAAGUACAAAUGUCCCAGCUGCGUUAUACCCUAUUGUUCCCUGACAUGCUUCAAGAAGCACAAAGAAAUUCCAUGUGGAAAACCCCAGCCUUCUUCAGAAGAAAAUUUGGCAUCAGCUCCUACUCCUGCACUGCAUGUUGAUAAACCAUUGUACGUUGAUGAGCCAAGCCAGGUGCUGACGCAGUCACAACUCGAGUCUGUAGCUUCAUCCAGUGAAAUAUGCGAGGCACUAAGGAGUGAGGAGCUUCAGAAACUUAUAUGCAAUAUAGAUUCUUCUACGGAUGCCGAGUCUGACCUCGAUAAAGCUAUGCAGAAGGAAGAAUUUCACAUACUUGCCCAGAAGAUCUUAUCUACCAUCAGUCCUUGAGGUUCGGUUUUUGACCAUGUUCUCGAUUGUAUAUUAAUGUGGAAGAAGGAAGCUAUUCCUUAUGCAAGGAGGAAUCUGCCGUGAUCUGUUUGGACUCUUUUUCUUUUUUCUCUUAUGAGAGCUCGUGAGAUUUAGCCAUUGCCCAUUGGUCAUAUCUUCAACAAUUUCAUUGAGUGAAACCACUUUAAUACAUCGAUUCUAUGGCA